AUGGACGCCCUAAAUGGUCUCUGUCCAUCUCCCUUCUUGCAGGAAACGCUGUUCCCCGCCGCCGGGGGAUUUAUCGAUGGCCGCUAUUGCCAGCAAGUCCCGUUGGGCAACAGCACCGUUUCUUGUUGUUUGCCAUGUCCUCUAGCGGAGUGGAGAUAUGAAAUGGAAUUGCAGGAUAAGAUCGGCGUUGCAAGCUGGAUCAGUGUCGCUAUACUGCCUCUGUGUAUCUUUUUGUUAAUCUCCUACGCCGUACUGCCUGUCAAAUGGACCCAUCGUCAUUACUUGAGCAUCUGCUUUACAUUGGGCAUCUGUUGCAUGCAGCUCGCCUUCAUCAUUCCCCUCGGGGCCAAACCAGACCAAUGCCACAAUGCAAUCACCCCCAAUGACAUGCGCUCCGAUCUCUCCUGCGCCUUCUCCGGAUCUCUCUUAUUGUUCGGCGGUUGGCUGGUAGUCAUAUGGAGUUUCAUCCGCACGUUGGCAUUCCACCUCCAAGUAUGCUGGGAAGUCGUCCUAGGCCCCAAGUUCAUGUGGGCUGCGUUUGCCUGCGGAUUAGGUAUCCCUGCAGCUGGACUGACAGUAAUGCUGAUCUUGACCGGCGUCUCAUUCCGAUUCGGUAAUAUCUGCCAUAUCAAUGUCACCAACGGACUAUACGACUACUGGAUCCCACUGAUGAUAUUCUCCGCUGCCGCCCUCUUCCUCCAACUCUCGACAAUGGGCUACUGCACCCACAUCUAUCUUCGCUCCCUCUUCGACAAAUCUUCCUCAACCACAGGCAGUUCCGGCCCCGCCACUCUCCCAUCCUACACGAAUAGCGUCCGCACCGUGACAGCCCGACAGGCCUACCGACGAGUGCGUCGCAUCCUACAACUCCAAUGGCGCGGAAUCGCCCUCGUCCUGAUCAUCAUCGCCAACGUCAUCUUCUUCGCAGUGGUCUUCAUCAACCUCGACAACGCAGUCGCCCUUACACCAGAAAACGCCAAAACCGCAGGCCCCUGGCUGGAAUGCCUCGGACUGACCGGUGGCGACAGGAAGCGCUGCCACCCGUACGCAGCGGCCAUCGGCCCGAAUGAAGGAACUCUCCUCGCAGUCGUCCUCCUGCUCUCGCUCGUCGGCUUCUGGAACUUCAUCCUCUUCGCCCGCCGAUCCAUGUUCGUCGGCUGGAUCGAAAUGAUCUUUGGACCGAGACGCGGCCACGAAUUCGUGUCUGUAGAUGCGAACAGCCGCUUCGCUGACAACAAGGGCUUCGAAAUGCUGACUACGACGUCCAUGAAAUCGCCUGAGACAUACAUGCGGUCGCCAUCCCCGUCGCGCAUGGAUGGAUUCGGCCACGGCAUCAACUCCGUUACAGCCCCCAGCCCGACUUUCGACCGCAGUGUGAAUGCACGGGAGGCUCGCUAUGUUCGCCCGUCCAUGAGCUUCUCUGGGCCUAGAGUGCCUACUUCGGUACAUAAUUCCCGCGAGUGGGACCCGCAGUCUACUUUUGCUCCGGGGUACGGGAGAGAGUCGCCGGCAUAUGGACGACAAUCUCCAGGGUACGGACGACAAUCUCCCGGGUAUGGGCGACAGCCUCCAGGGUACGGGAGAGACUGA